AUGCUCGACCCUAAUCUCAUAUCAUCCCUUUGCGCUGCAGCGGCAUCAGUGUUUGCCAAGGUUGGCUUCGACACAACCAACGGGUCGUUAGCGUAUAAAGCUGCGAUACAGGUCCACCCUGUGGCAGGGUAUAUGUUGAGGGCUGUCUUUAUAGUACUCUCUCUAGCGUCUAACGCGUCCAUGAUGUCCUAUUACAUUGAAGCUCUGCAAAAACGAACAGCAUUGCAAGCUACUGUGAUGAACUUUGGUGGCAACUUCCUAUUCUCUUCCAUUUUCGGCGCGGUCUUCUUCGGAGAGAGGAUGUCUUUUACUUGGCUCAUGGGGGCUACCUCUAUCAUCACCGGAGUCGCGUUGGUUGCAGCAGGAAGCCACACGAAGGCUGAGGUGGCGGAGGAGGAAAAGAAGCACCGAGACAACAAGCCGGUGACAGGGGGUCUACGUGUACGAGGAGGUUUUGCUACCCUCCUCCGCUCCUUGUUCGAGCAGGAGUCCUUACCACAACCCUCAGCCGGGCUGGUGGCCUGGAUUGCUAAUGAUAUCUUUGGAAGUGUCAACGAUGAAGUUGAUCAUGGCAGCUUUGUAGGGCGAUUUAACGUAUUCUGGAGAGCUCGAAAGGAUAUUCAGUCGCGUUAUACUGAGCAUCGCAGCUCUUGGUCCUCGGGAGUACCCGGUAAUGCUCAAGCCCACCACUCUUUGGGUGAUGAUGAUGAAGACCUUGUUAUCGCACUAGAGGCUGGGCCGGUCGAUAAGGAACCAGCAGUGCGGAUGCUGAUGGCCUCAGAGCUCAUAGACUCUGGGAAUGAGCGCUAUGAGAAGUCCGCAGAGUUAGUGGGUGAAGGUACCGUCGAGAAGGAUGAGAUGCUGCCAGAGGAGCAGGAGGAGAACAAUAUAGGGGAGAAUUAUGAUGCUUGUGGUGAUAAGAAAUGUGUUGAAGACAAUUUCAAGACACUAGACUCGUCCGUGAGGAAAGGUGUGGAGGAGAGUCCUGGAGAGCAGGAGUCUAUGAGGGGUCAAUCGCAGACGAAGUGGAAGGACCUAGAGAUGGAGAGGCUGUUGAAGAAGGUGGAAUUGGCCGAGGAGCGGCGAGCGGCCGCUGAGGAGUUGGCGUUGUCUCGGGAAGUGGAAUUGGAAAAAGUGUCGAGGAAUGUCCAGCGACUGGAGGAAGUCUUGAAGGCUGAGAGGAGCAUGAGAAGGGACGAUGCGGAAACGCGGAGGAAAAAUGUCAGUGAUAGUAAUGUGAUAGUAGAAGAGCAGCUGGCCGCCCUCCAUCGCUCCAGGGCAUGCCUGGCGACCGCUGUGGCCGCAGCAUCGAAUGCGGUGGCUACUAGUGAGAACGUAUGGGACAGACCAGCACAGCUGACUAGCAUUCUAUUCGAAAUGUGUUUGAGGCCCAAUUUCCUCUUCUUCUUCUUCCCUUUCCUUUAA